AUGACCCACCUAGGCACGCCGCAACGCGACCACGCCGCCCCUGCAAGAAUCAUGAACAGCGGGCAUGGCAAUUGCAUCGUUCAACACGAGUACUCAAAAGCUUCCUCAGCGCCGCAGACUCUCAGGUCGGCGAGUGGACUACAGAAUAAGACAGAGGGGAGAGUGAGCCAGUGCGCCGCAACGCCAUCGCCCACGCAAGCACGAGCAGAUUGGAUUGGGAGUGGUGUUCGUUUCUCGUCCAUUUCUCAUAAUUGGAUAUAG